AUGCCCAACGCCAUCGGCCAGAGCAAGUCUCUCUUCAUCGAAGGUGUUGGUGCCGAGCCCAGGAUCAUUGGGUUGCAAGUGCUCGGUUUCUCUAGGUGGCCAUCCACUGGCAUGAACGUUUGGGAAGCCACCGUCACCAUGUGCGAGAUCACCCUAUGCUCGUGCCCAGACAUUGGAAACGCGUCGCCGGCCCAGAAGCUCGAAUUUCAGCGCAGAUGCGACCGGGCUUGCGUUCGAACACCUGGUUGGCAGGAACUUGAGAGAGCAUAG